AUGUCCGAUGAACAACCUGUCAAAGACAAUAAACUGACUGCUGUCUUGCUGUUUGUAACUUUAGUUCUUUCUGUUUUGUGUGUGCUGGCAGGUGUUUCCUGGCUUAGUGUUGGAACAUUUUGGCUUCUUACUGACGAACCACGGCUUACAGAGGAGUAUGAUAAUGAGUGUAGUAUGUCCCUCCAGGUUCUAGCUGGUAUUACAGCUGUUGUAAGCUGGUCAACUUUAAUAGGUGUUUGUAUUGGAUCUACUUUCAGGUGUUUGUAUUGGAUCUACUUUCAGGUGUUUGUAUUGGAUCUACUUUCAGGUGUUUGUAUUGGAUCUACUUUCAGGUGUUUGUAUUGGAUCUACUUUCAGGUGUUUGUAUUGGAUCUACUUUCAGGUGUUUGUAUUGGAUCUACUUUCAGGUGUUUGUAUUGGAUCUACUUUCAGGUGUUUGUAUUGGAUCUACUUUCAGGUGUUUGUAUUGGAUCUACUUUCAGGUGUUUGUAUUGGAUCUACUUUCAGGUGUUUGUAUUGGAUCUACUUUCAGGUGUUUGUAUUGGAUCUACUUUCAGGUGUUUGUAUUGGAUCUACUUUCAGGUGUUUGUAUUGGAUCUACUUUCAGGUGUUUGUAUUGGAUCUACUUUCAGGUGUUUGUAUUGGAUCUACUUUCAGGUGUUUGUAUUGGAUCUACUUUCAGGUGUUUGUAUUGGAUCUACUUUCAGGUGUUUGUAUUGGAUCUACUUUCAGGUGUUUGUAUUGGAUCUACUUUCAGGUGUUUGUAUUGGAUCUACUUUCAGGUGUUUGUAUUGGAUCUACUUUCAGGUGUUUGUAUCGGAUCUACUUUCAGGUGUUUGUAUUGGAUCUACUUUCAGGUGUUUGUAUUCGACCUACUUUCAGGUGUUUAUAUUGGAUCUACUUUCAGGUGUUUGUAUUGGAUCUACUUGGAAGCUAUGUCAGCACUGUGAUUGUAGUGUUAGCCAGCACCCCUACCCUACAGAAAGAAAACUGCUCCGACGCUUUAGUGUAAACGACGCUGUAAUGGAGAGCUGUGAAACCCAGUUACUAUCAGGAAAAAGAGAUUCCUCCCAGUCCUCUGGGUUACUGGAGUCCAUGGACUCCAUAGACUCCCAGUCUUCAUUGAUGUUCAUGUUGGACUCCACCCAGAGAUCUUUCAGCAACUGUUCAGCAGUGGGAGUGUCGAGCAGAGCGGAGGAAUCCUCAUAG